GCAAUUUUGUCCAUUUUCACAACUACUCGAGAGGCUUUUCACUGCAGGGACUAGCUGAUGAAGCUUACUGAGUAGAAAGUGUGAUACCUAAAAAGAUCUUGUGAAACUUUUCUUAAAAACUUCUACAGCUACUGAAUUUGAAAACCUAGAUUCCCAGUCUUCAAGUUCAAGAGAAAGCCCUUCAAAAAAAAAAAGUUCAAGAGAAAGAGAAACAUCAAAAAUGGCCAAGGAAUUCAGAGUUUAUUGCAUUGCAACUGCUGAUACAAAGCUCGAGGAACUUCUAUUUCUCUCAAGCUCAGUUGAAUCAAAUCUCAGCAAAUUUUCCAACAACAGUAAUUUUAAAGUGCAAGUGACAGUUGUGGAUGUUUCAGCUAGUCAGAAGGAAAUCGAGAAUUUUGGAAAAUUUUCAUGUGUGACUAGAAAGGAGAUUUUAUCUUGCUACUACGAGACUCAGCAGCAACAACAACCCUUUAAUAGUCUUCCUAAUGAGAGAAGUGAAGCUAUAUCUGUCAUGAGUAAGGCACUUGAUUGUUUUCUCAGGAAAACUCAUGAAAAUAAAACUCUUGCUGGAGCCAUUGGCCUUGGAGGUAGUGGAGGAACAUCUCUAAUAUCUGCUGCUUUAAGAUCUUUUCCAUUAGGAAUUCCUAAAUUCAUUAUAUCAACUGUAGCAAGUGGUCAGACGAGUUCUUAUAUUGGGACGUCUGAUUUGGUGUUGCUGCCAUCAGUGGUGGAUAUUUGUGGGAUUAAUAGCGUAAGCCGGGUAGUAUUGUCUAAUGCUGGUGCGGCUAUCGCGGGGAUGGUAGUUGGAAGACUUUUGGAUUUGGGAGAUACUUGUAAGAUGAGUAAAAAACCAACUGUGGGCAUAACUAUGUUCGGUAUUACUACUCCAUGUGUAAAUGCAGUUAAAGAAAGACUGGAGACUGAGGGUUAUGAAGCAUUGGUUUUCCAUGCAACUGGGGUUGGUGGCAAAGCUAUGGAGGAUUUGGUUAGACACGGGUCCAUACAGGCUGUUUUGGACAUCACCACAUCUGAAGUAGCGGAUUAUGUUGUGGGAGGUAUUAUGCCCUGUGACAGUUCUCGCUUUGAUGCUAUUAUAGAGAAGGAGAUCCCCUUAGUUCUGAGCAUAGGGGCCUUGGAUGUGGUGAAUUUUGGACCUAAAAACAGCAUACCUUCCGAAUUUCAUCAAAGAAAUAUUCUAGUACACAAUGACCAGAUUUCAGUCAUGCGAACAACGGCAGAUGAAAACAAAAAAAUUGCUUCUUUCAUUGCGAGCAAAUUUAAUAAAGCAUCAUCGAAAAUACGUAUUUGCCUUCCGCAGAAGGGUCUAUCUUCCCUUGAUGCACCUGGGAAACCCUUUUAUGAUCCGAAUGCUACCACAACUCUUAUUAAUGAACUAGAGAGGCUUGUUGUAACUAACGGCAAUCGGCAGGUAAAGAGGUGUCCUUAUCAUAUAAAUGAUGCUGCAUUUGCAAAUGCAUUGGUUGACUCUUUCUUGGAGAUAACUGUUGAUAAUCUUAAAGAAGGAAGUCAUCGAGAGGACAUCCUUGAAGCAAAUCAAGACCACCAAGAGAAACCCAUUUCGCACGAACGUAUCUCGAGUCCUACUGCAAGUUUUUCCAUUCCAACGGACUUUCCUGAUGCAAGACCAGAAACUUUGCGGAGAACUCGGAAAAUAUUGCAGCACCUGAGAGAGCAAAUAAACAAAGGGAUACCAAUAAUAGGAGCUGGUGCAGGAACGGGCAUAUCUGCUAAGUUCGAAGAAAUAGGGGGUGUAGAUCUGAUACUUGUAUACAACUCAGGGCGCUUCCGCAUGUCAGGAAGGGGUUCUUUGGCUGGUAUGUUGCCUUUUGCAGAUGCAAAUGCAGUGGUACUUGACAUGGCAAAUGAAGUAUUACCUGUGGUAAAGGAAGUCCCUGUUCUUGCAGGUGUGUGUGCAACUGAUCCAUUUCGCCGUAUGGACUACUUUCUAAAGAAGUUAGAGUCACUAGGUUUUGUCGGUGUGCAGAACUUUCCGACUGUGGGACUAUUUGAUGGUAAUUUUAGGAAAAAUCUGGAGGAGACAGGAAUGGGAUAUGGCUUGGAAGUAGAGAUGAUUAGGAAGGCACAUAGUAUGGGACUCUUGACAACACCAUAUGCUUUCAAUCCAGAUGAAGCAAUUUCCAUGGCAAAAUCUGGUGCUGAUAUCAUCGUGGCGCAUAUGGGGCUAACUACAUCAGGGUCAAUCGGUGCAAAGACAGCCAUCUCCUUGGAAGAUAGCGUUGUUAUUGUACAAGCAAUUGCGGAUGCAGCUUCCGUGAUUAAUCCCAAUGUUAUUAUACUCUGUCAUGGAGGCCCAAUAUCAGGUCCUAAGGAAGCAGAGUUUGUAUUGAGGAGAACCAAGGGUGUUCAUGGAUUCUAUGGUGCAUCAAGCUUGGAGAGGUUGCCAGUUGAGCAAGCUAUCACAAAUACUAUCCGAGAAUACAAAUUGAUUUCCCUCGUUUCAUAGCGAUUAAGUCUAUAUCCCAUUGAAUAUAUUGUUCGGAAUUUGACAACGCCAUUACGGGAAAACAUCAGCUUCAUCGCUCUUCAUCAACUCUUGGGUUACUUCUGCAGUCGUGGUUUGUGAUUCUUGUGUUUGUUCUUUUUCUCCAAAUAAGUGGUGUUUGUCAAUAGAAAGGUAAUUUGAGUUGAGUAUUAUGAACCCUGGAGGAGUAAUGUAAGACAUUUGAAUGUGCACAUCCAUUUGUUGGGACAUAGCAAAGCAGGGUCAGUGUAGUCUUAGCUGUAAAAAUAAUGAUCCUCUGUCUAUAGUCUCCACAACUCAGACCGUAAACCCGUCAAUGAGGUUUGGUUGCCCAGAUAGGGGCAGCUGUAAAACACAAGUGCAAAUGCAAGGCCUCCUGUUGUCAUCUUAAAAGUUAACCAAAGUAAUGAAAGGCGUAUAUUAUAUUGAUAA